AUGAUCAGAAUAGCACAACAUGGUGUCAAUAUUAGAACAAUACUACAGCGCCGUCACAGACCCCUGCAACUACAAGGGUCGCACCUACAUCAGUGUACCUCCUUGUACAAGUACAUUGACCCUCGGGAACGACCUCCGUGUCCUCCGCCGCCCGUGCCGCCCCCUCCCGCGCCUCGGGACUACAAACUGUUCUGGGGAGCGAUGACGGCCCUCGUGCUGGCGGGAGGCUUCGCUGCUUACGCCAAAACGUCCCCGGAGGUCAGAGAUUGGCUGACGAUCAAUGCUCCCUGGUUCGAUGACGUAAUCGCCGUCGCGUACCAGGAGAACAUGACCUACAAAGAGUUCAUAUUACAAUGCACUGAAGACGCCAAGAAGUAUUUGAAUAGUUACGUCCGAGACGACAAGCCCAAGCAGUGCUCGUUUGAGGAGGGAUCGGCACUGUCUAAUGUUGAGCUACCAGACCAGCCUGCAGAUCAGGCACUCCGCGAAAAGGAGAACGAGUCACCGUGCAACACCCUGCCUCCCCCCGUGGUCACUAAGGACGUGUGCGAGAUAGAGAAGUGUCUCACGGACUUGGCCGAUACCGCUCUCAACAAUUACGGGACGGCCCGCGACGCCUGCGCUUAUUAUAACAAGCUGGUCGAAGAGACAAUGCUAGAUUUCUCGAUGAGUUCCCUGGGAGAGCUGCGCCACGCGAUGCUGGAGCGGCAGGAUCUCGUCAAGACGUCCGUUGAUAACGCGAACUACGCUGUUUCUAGAUUAGAUGAGCUAACUCGCUACUUCGAGUGCGGAGUUCAAGCACCCAAGGAGUCCCUGGACAACACAAAGGCGUUACUGAAGGAUUAUCGGGACAAGAUCCAGACGACAAGCGCUAACUAUCAGUGGGAGAACGACAGAUCUCUCGCCAUGGACAAACAGUGGCAAAUGGUCGGCGAGGUCGUGGAGAAGUACAGCGCGGAGACUCAGCAGAUGUUCCCGGCGUCGCGCCGCGCCCAGACCGACACCGACCUGCUGCUCAUACACGCCACUAGAUAUAUGCAGCAGCUGGAGGGCGAGGUGCGGGAGGCGCGCGCCGCCAUGUCGGCCCGGGUCGCGCGCGGCCUGCUCACGCUCCCCCAGGACGAGCAGCAGCGGAGUGGCAGGGAGGUGCUGGUGCAGGCCGCCGUCAGGAGGAGGCGGACAGAGAUGGACAGGGAGUAUAGGAAACGGUCAGAGGAGCUUCGUGCUGCCAACGAGCACAUGAUAUCGGAGUGCUUGAAGAGGCAGCGCGCGGAGCACGAGGAGACGCUUCGACAGCGCGUGCUGCAGAAGGAGAUCGAGGCGAAGGCGAGAUUGAACAAGUUGAUUGCCGAGAAGGUCGCGACCGAGAAGCUGGUGCUCGCGGCGCAGCUCGCGGAGAUGAGGAGCAAACUGAACGUGGUCGAGGAGAAACUCAACGGGGAAGACGACGAGUUUGUCCGCACAGUUUUGAAGUCGAUACCGGACUACGUGCGGGACGAGGGGAUAGAACUGGAGUCUGUUCUCAGAAAGAAAUAUUAUGAGAUGGAGAAGGUGGCCUUAAAAGUGGCGCUAGUGGAAGAAGACGGGGCCCCGCUGUUCGUGUACUUCCUGUCGUGGCUGCAGUACAUGUUACUAUUCGUCAAGAUAUCCGGGAUCCCGCAGGCGGAGUACGAGAGCUCCACCGAUGUGCUGCCCGAAGAUUUGGACACAUUCGAUUUACUGCAGAGGGCGCGGUUAGAUGCUCUUGUUUAA